AUGGAACCCGAGGUUGUCCGUGUAAAGGUAGAAAUGUAGUGUGUUCGGCAGAAUGUCAUUGUGGCACGCAUCAUGCAAAACCUUGCCAAAAUAAGGUAAAGCAAUCUAAAAUUUACCACUUUGUUUAUAUUCCAGGAAUUAUAAUAAAUAAAUUGUCUGAUUUUGGUAUAGGGAACGGCCGAUGAAAGACAAAAACGCAAAACAGCAGGAAAUCCAAGACAAAGUUUUCGCCUUACUCACGCAACUACAGAGUCGGAGGACAUGCAAAGAGAAAAAGAACACGAAAAUGUGAAGGUAUGUACUUCACCUUAAAAUAAUAUUUAAUUAUAUAAAAAUAACAAUUGUUGAUUUCAUAUAAUAUUACACAUAUAAUAGCAUAACCUAUACAGUAUACAAUGUCUUGUCAGGGUUUUGCAUUGAUAACAAUCUUGUUCUACUGUAUUUAUUUUAGAAACUGAUAUCUACACUAGACGCAAAUAUGGUGAAAAAGCUAGCUAUUCGUAGUUUACGCAGAGGUAUUGGUAGUAUGGACUACAUCGACACACUACUGAUAAUGGAGGAUGACCUUGAUGAAGAUGAUCAGGAUGCAGAAAGGUUAGGUGCAUUUGGUGAAUCAUCCAAUGACAAUCCACUGAACUCUGCUAUAGACCCUUCUCAGAGUCAGAGCCCUUCUCAAUCACAAGACCCAAAUCCAACACCCAAACCCACACUUGAAUCAGUGCCAGAUUGGUGCACAUGUGGCAAAUGCAGACCAAUGCCACAAGAGGUUGAAAAUAAAUGUUGUAGGCAAAAGAAAUGCAUAACCUUAACUUCUCGUUUUGCAAAAUUAUGCCUUGAUCCAGAUGUGCUGGAGCUUUGUAUCCGCAAUAGGAGUGA